AUGACAUACUGCAACGCUAGUUCUCAGCCAACCAUGUUGAAAGAUUUACUUUCCGCUACAGCUUCCCAGUCGAUUUCGUCUCAGUGCUGGUGUCAGUGGACGGUGGGAUUCUACGCGAGACACUUGACGACCUACAGAAUGAGUAUAACACAUCAGUUCAAUGCUUUGACAAUAAAUCUGGCUACUACUUCCUGUGGGUCAAGGACAGCGCUAGUUCUGCUCUCAGUGACUUUAUGGAUGUUGGAACUGGUAAUAGCAACGCCUUGUUUGACCGCAAAUGAAUCACCGGCGGCACGAAGACCACCACGGCUUGCUCCUGAAAGAAGUGGUAGAGGUAGCUAUUACACUGAAGCUGCGUAUCGGAAGACCGAAGUUCCGAUUGUAGUCUCUGAUAUCGUCGUUGUAAACCUUGUUAUAGUUAUAGAGGCAGCUAUGCCCAAUAUUACCGCUCUGACAACUGCAGCUAUGGCACCGUAG